CGGAGUUGCAAAGUUGCUGCUUCCGCUGACGAGCUGGCCGCGUGGUUAGCUGGUUGUGUCCCUUCGGCGAUGUGCCUGACCACGCUUGUGUUAGUAGAGCAUGUGUACUUCCCACGUACUUUUCCGACUGUCGAAUGGGAUCUCCGCUGGCGUUCGUUCGUCGUUUACUUCCGUCCGGAUGCCCAAGUUCGAGGGAGGUAAGGUCUCGUGGCAAUGGUGGAGGAGGAUUGCCCCUCAGCUUGAUAGAUGAACUGGCGGUUGCUGCCGCUGCGACUCGGAACUCGGCUAUGAUUCCGUUCGUGAUUGUUGAGGCGCGUUUCCUGCGCGCGGGCUGUCUCGGAUGGUUCGCUUCCAGGCCGGCAGAGAACAGCUGUUACUUCUUUGUCGGUCGUCUCGCCUCUGUGGCAAGUGGAGGUGACAAGUGGAGCUGGCUUCAAGCUUGCUUGCUCCUCGCUGCUCUGAUCUCCCUUCCUUCGUUCGUGAGGAGCGGGAGGUGCGGUACUCGGUGGCUGACGGUGACUUCGGGGUCGGGCUCCGGCGAUGGCCGCUCACGCUGGGCGAUGGCGGCUCGCGCCGGGCGAUGGCCGCUCGCGCUGGGCGAUGGCCGCUCGUGCUGGGCGAUGGCGGCGAGGUGGGAUUUUCUGGCCCCGCACUGUGGAUCCAUGGCGACAGUGAUUGAGGUGAAGACAGACAAUCCCCCGGUCUUCCCACAGACCUGGAAAUUUCAGAUUGAAAGCAGAUCAGUCGAAGUCAAAGUGUCAACCAAGUCCUCCCCGAUCUGCUUUCGGUGCAGAGAAAGAGGCCACAUGGGAACAAACCCAAACUGCCCCAAGUAUCCGAAUCAACCGAAGGAACGAAAACUCCUCCCCAACAUGUUAGUGGAGGUGGAGGACGCCCCGGGCAUUUGGUUCAUUCCGGACAGUAACUACAAUGGGUGGGUGUUCGACGACAAUCUGGAGGUUCUGGACUGGGCAUGGCAUUACGCCGACCAGGAACCAGAAGUUAAAAAACCCAAUGUCUUCCCCCCGGCUGACAACAGAUGGCAGAAAAGAGCCACAGGGAAGGUAGCGGGCAACCCGUCGAAAAUCACCACUGACCCACUGAUCGAUUCACGGGUUAUCAAGGAAGAAAAGGAUAGAGAAGACUUGUUAUGGGAUUUGGAAGCAGUGAAAGAACAAGCAAUACUACACUUCAACAAGGACUCGACGGACUUCAGAAGCAUGUUGUUAAAGAUGGAGCAAACAUCAACUCAAAACAGAAUAGGGGCUCAAACAGACAACAAAAGGACCAUGGAAAACGGAAAGACACAAGGGAUUCAGGAAGGGGGCCUAAAGAGGAGGAAGGCAGUGGAUGCGCAAGAGGAGGUGGUAAGCCUUCCAGCAGACAAAGAAGGAGAGGAUGGGAGAACAGAUUCGGGAGGAACUGGGUCUGAGAAAACAAGUGAGAGUGGCAAAGGGGAAGGGGACAACAAAGUAUCGGAUAGUGAGGGGGAUUCUCACAGAUCUCUGCAGUGGCUCAGGGACUAUGUAGAGAAGGUGAAGAGGGAGAGGGAACAGGCCUUUGACAUUCGGGCAGCCUGUCACAAGUAUGCAGAAAGAUCUCAGAGAAAUGGUAAGAAGGGGAUGGGCGAAGUUGGGAAAUUAAGCAACCAAUUUGACGUUCUCAGGACAGUGAAAGCGGAAGAGUUAUCAGAAUACACAGCAUUCAGGUAUGCAGAAAAGAAGAGAGCAAGGGAACAGGGAGUGAAAGACAGAGAUAGAACAGCUCCAAAGUCGAAGGACGACUUCCAAGAUCUGCGCCCAAAGAAGUGGAAAUCCGGGCAAAAUCAGAAGAAGAAGAACCCGAACAUGACUCAGUCCGACUUUGAGGAAGAAUCAGCGCGCACACGGCUGGAAAAGGAAGCGGCAGUGGUAAUUGCACAAACGGAGGAGGUGAACAAACUGAAUGACGAAUACUCAGCAGAAUUUACAACGAUCACACACAUUGUGGGAUCAGGCUCCUCUGGUGGUAGAGACAGCCAAGUCGUCAAGACUGGCACUGAUGAACAUCCGCCCCUUGAUUGCUGCAAGCACUCAGAGCAUGGUAGACACUCACCUCAGGCAUUCUCACCAUUGAUAGUCAAGCUGUCAAACAAAGAAAUUCUGAGUUCAGGGAUGAGAUGGAGGUCGUGGAGAACGAUCCAAGUUGUGCCCUAUAGUGUCUUGGCCGGUUCGUGCCUACCGGCUGAACUGGCAGCAGUUUCACUGGCUCAAUUGGUUACUACAGGAAUGUUGGAGGGCAAUGGUGACUUGGAUGCAAGGGCAUACCCGGUGGACUGGGAGAGGUUUUAUAGGAGUGACGAAUCUGAGGGGGAGGACCAGGCAUGGCAUUCAGAUGACGAGAAGGAAGAAGAUGACCAGGAGGAUGCGAUGGACUCAGACAAUGAGGUGAAGAGUUGUUUGUGAUCCCCAGAAAGGAGAUGGAUAAGAUGACUAGUGUAGAACAGCCCACGACAGACCCCCAAGGGGGGGAGGGACUGCUGGACAUGGACACGGGGGGGGGGGCGCCUUCGUAGAUCCUUCAAUGAACUGUUGUUAACUCG